GGGCGGGCCGGCAGGGCGGGCAGCAGCCGCGGGCCGGGCCUCCCGCCUUGAGGGGGCCGCCGGGGCCAGUGGAGGCGGGGGCGCUGAGGGCGGGCUGCGGGAAGGCGUCCCAGCCGCCGGCCGGCAUGGGGGCCGGGGCGCUGGCCAUACGCCAAAGCAAAUCGGCUGUGAGAUUGAAGGAGGACAUGAAAAAGAUAGCCGCGCUUCCACUGAACAAGCAGAGGGACACGACCUGUCCAAAGGUGUUUGGUGUGAGUCUUCUGGAGCUCCAGCAGCAGGGGCUGAGCAAGAACGGCAUCCCAAUAGUUGUAUGGAAUAUAGUCGAAUACCUCACCCAGCAUGGUAUGACGCAGGAAGGCCUCUUCAGGGUAAACGGCAGCAUGAAAAUAGUAGAACAGUUGCGUCUGCAGUACGAGCGUGGAGAAGAGGUGGAACUUGUUAAAGAUGGUGAUGUGUAUUCAGCAGCCAGUCUGUUGAAAUUAUUUUUGAGAGAGCUGCCAGAUGGGAUUAUCACGUCUGCCUUACAUCCCAGGUUCAUUCAGCUUUACCAGGACACUAGAAAUGACACACAGAAGGAAAGUAACUUGAAAGAACUCCUUAAAGAACUGCCUGAUGCUCAUUACUGCCUGUUGAAGUAUCUGUGCCAGUUCCUGAUAAAGGUUGCUGAACAUCACGUAGAGAACAGGAUGAACCUUUGCAAUCUUGCCACUGUAUUUGGACCAAACUGCUUUCACGUGCCCUCUGGAUUUGAAGGUAUAAAAGAACAGGAGAUCUGCAACAAGAUAAUGACAAAAAUGCUGGAAAAUUACAAUACCUUGUUUGAAUUGGAAGGUUUGAAGAAGGAUGAAGAAAAGCCUGUGUGUGAAGAGCUAGCAAGAAUUAUUUUGGUAAAAAUGACAAAGUCCACAAUGGAAGGAUCCAGCCAAACGUGCCUAGUGCCACAACCAGGCCUGUCAGAUGGAAUACCUCAGCUCAGCCUCCGAUUAACAGACGGUGGUUCGUGUUGGAAGGAGAUGGAUUUAACAGAUGAAAUCUCCUUCAUUAACAGUGAUGCAUUUUUCUCCAGCUCCCAAGAAGAUGAGCGGCCUAUGUCACCCUUCUAUGUGAGUGCCCACGUAUCACAAGUCAGUAGCAACAUUCCUGCUACAGGAGAGUAUUUAGAGAAGACAAUCCGCUCAGCCGUGGAGCAGCAUCUCUUUGAUGUUCAUGGCUCAGGCGGCCAGAGUUCAGAGGACUCUGAAUCGGGAACAUCUUCAGCCUCUUCUAAUGUGUCUGCCAGGCAGAGGAGGCGACACCACAAAGAGCAGGAGGAAGCCCGGAGAAACAGAGACAUGGAAGUCGUCAACAAAGAAAACAUUCCCUCUGGAUUCAGCAAUCUUGAAGACUGUAUUCUAGCUGCUCAAGAAGUAGAAAAAUUGCAAGACAACAGCUCCGGAUAUCUUAGUGAAAGGAAUAAACCAAAACGGCAGAAAUCCAGCACCAAGCUGUCAGAGCUUAAUGACAACCAGGACAGUCCUGUGAGCAUGGAAAGCUUUAGCUCAUCCAGGCCUAUAGACAGAACGGGACCCGACGACAUGGAAAUUUUAUCUGAAGAAAGCAAAGAAAGUGAAAACGAUGAGGUUUUUUUCAGGCACUCUCAGUUGACUUCAAGUAUGAAGAUUCAAGAGCAUCCAAGCAUUCCUGAAAACAAGUUGCAAAGAAAUCAAGAUGCUGAUGAUCAGGAAAACAGCUUUGUGUCAGAAGUGCCUCGGCUGGAUUUGACAGCACUGUGUGAUGACAACAACUGGGAAGAGCCCAUCCCUGCUCUUUCCUCAUGGCAGCGAGACGGCUUAGACUCAGAUGAGGCUCGCCUUUCCCCGCAGGCCGGUCGCUUAAUUCGCCAGCUUCUGGAUGAGGACAGUGAUCCUAUGCUGUCCCCUCGCUUCUAUGCCUAUGGACAGAGCCAACAGUACCUGGAUGACACAGAAGUGCCUCCUUCCCCUCCCAAUUCUCAUUCCUUCAUGAGGAGGCGGAGUUCAUCUUUGGGAUCUUAUGAAGAUGACAGAGAGGACCUUACCCCUGCACAACUCACCCGGAGGAUUCAGGGACUGAAGAAAAAGAUCAGGAGAUUUGAGGACAAAUUCGAAGAGGAGAGGAAAUACAGACCUUCCCACAGCGACAAAGCAGCCAAUCCCGAAGUGCUCAAAUGGACAAAUGAUUUGGCCAAAUUCCGAAAGCAACUCAAAGAGUCAAAACUGAAGAUAUCGGAGGAAGACCUUGGCCCUGUUGUGCGUCAGCGGAGCAACACGCUCCCCAAGAGCUUCGGCUCUCAGCUCGAAAAGGACGAUGACAAGAAGCAAGACCUGUCAGAUAAAUCUGCCAAGCCUGCCGUGGAAGCAACCCUUGAUUCUAUCCAGAAGAAGCUUCAAGAAAAACGAACAGAGACAAAUCGACCUGAAGAUAUUAAGGACAUGACAAGAGAUCAGAUAGCAGCUGAAAAGGUGGCUCUUCAAAAAGCUUUGCUGUAUUACGAAAGCAUUCAUGGCAGACCGGUUACCAAAAAUGAACGACAGGUGAUGAAGCCAUUGUAUGACAGGUAUCGCUUGGUCAAGCAGAUCCUCUCCAGAGCCAACACCAUCCCUAUCAUCGGUUCCCCCUCCAGCAAGCGGAGAAGCCCUUUGCUGCAGCCAAUUAUCGAGGGCGAAACAGCUUCCUUCUUCAAGGAGAUAAAGGAGGAAGAGGAGGGGUCCGAGGAGGACAGCAACGUGAAGCCAGAUUUCACCAUUACCAUGAAAACAGAUUUCAACGUGCGUAGCUUCUUGGAUCAACUAGAAGAUGAUGCUGACGGCUUUGUUUCCCCGGUGGAUGAUAAGAUGCCAUCUAGGAGCAAUCAGGAUAUGGGGCUUUCAAAUCUUCAUGAAGCAUCCAUCCCUGAACUGUUAGAGCAGCUCCAAGAAGUCAGGGAAGAAAAAAAGCGAAUCAGAAAAAAAUUGAGAGACUUUGAAGAUAAUUUUUUCCGACAAAAUGGAAGGAACGUGCAAAAAGAAGACCGCACUCCUAUGGCUGAAGAAUACAACGAAUACAAGCAGAUUAAGGCCAAGCUGAGGCUGCUGGAGGUCCUGAUCAGUAAAAGAGAUAUUAGCUCCAAGAUCAUGUAAAGGAAGAGAUUGUUUUUGCCAGUAAACAAAGAAGAGAGAGCACCAAAUGGACAAAUGCGUGAAGUGGAUGCAGCGGGAGCCUGGCUGGGGAGGCUGAGGAGCUCCCUGGGAACUGAAAGGCCAUUCCCAGAGGCGGGAGGGGGAGGAAAGAUGACUUUCCAUCACUCUCUACACUUGCUGUUGCCCACUCGUUCUCCAGGCCUGAUGCCCGAAAUGGAGUUUGCCAGUGUAGGAGACAUGACACUGCGCUCAGUGACUGCACUGAAGGGAUCCUUCUGUUUUGAUUUGCUUACAUAUCCUGUAAUAUUUAGAAUAUCAAAGCCAGCCAUGCUAUUCUGUUUUCCUGGGAUAUCAUAGCAAGAGGCAAAGUAGGAUGACUAGUGAUUAAAUCAUCGAAUAGCUUCUACUUUAGUUUAACAGGCAAGUGCCCUGACUGGUCUCACGUGAAGGCACAGGUCAGAUAGCGCCAAGACUGUUCUCUUGCAGCUGCAGUAGAGAUUUGCUCAGACUUUUGGCCUGACUGUUUGGAGUCUAGCAUCUUCUGUUGCUCUAGAUAAAUGCCGUAAGAAUCUCUCAGUCAUUACCCAGAGCUGGUUUGAGUUACAGUUUUGCCCAGGCUUGAGUUGGGUUUUCUUCCCACUUUUUUGAUGGCCAAUUCAAUUGAAGUAGAAGAAAGUACCUACAUCUGUUUGGGAUAGCAAAGGAAAAUGAGCCGUGCAGCAAGGUUCUUUCCAGCUUGUUCUGCUUGGAAGGUGAUACUGUAACAUUAUGACCAUGUUUGGGCAACUGGGAAGAAAAGAGGUUUUAAAAGCUUUAAGUCAGAAUCCCUUGGGGUUUUGGUAGCUCAUCAGUUAAAUGUCUGGUGUCAAUAAAUCUGGAAGUUAUCUGGAAGACCCACCCCAUUAGUACGUGUGCUUCAUCAUCUGAUACAAAUGUAAGAGUCUGAGCUGAACAGCCCACGUGGCUGUCAUACAUACUCACUAGCCUAAAUUUUCUUCUUUUGUGUACGCUGACAGUCAGGCUUAUGUGGGCUGCAGCAAUGACACUGUGAUGGUGGCAUCAGAGGAUGGUCUUUUCUUCCCGGUGUGUAUAGGUGGUAUUUCAGCGCAGAGGAUGCUGCAGGGAACUGAAAGCCGAGAGCCGAGCUCUGCCUGUGGAAAGGGCCUGUGUCUCAGGUGCAAGCUUUGACAAGUCAGUGUUUUCAAAUUUGUUUAUGACUUUCAGAAAAGAAAGUCCUGGGACACCUGAUUCAGCUGCUGCCUGAAGGAGUGAAAGGCAGCACGUUCAGGAAUGCACCGGAUAGCUGAGGGCUCACAGUUCUGCAGUCCUGGGCCACCUGGGACUCCCACUCCAGGGUCUGGUGUGCGCCAGCUCGCGCUGCCCUGGGCCAGGGAUGAUGUCCCAGACCCUGGUGUCCCAGGGAAAGCAUUUCUGUAAUGCUUUCUUUUGCAUUGAUGCCCUGGGCAGCUGACGUGCAGAAGCCAAACGGCUGAGAUCAAAUGCAGUGCCAGCUGUCAGCGCCUCACGCAAGUCGCGCUGGAGGAGGCACGAAGAGGACCCCCAGAACAACUUCUUCCCCUUCCUUCUUUAUAUGGGCAAGUGGGCUCACAAGUAGAUACAUUUGGGUUGUGGUACUUAGACUUACCCCCUUCCACUUGCCAUUUGUGCUGUGUUAAUUCUUGCCAAAACUGAUGCUGAGGGUGUUUCCGUCACUUCAGGAUCCCAGAAACACUUCAAAGGCAACCUUCUCCUUUGCACAUGCCCGUUACUGGUCUGGAUGGGUAAGGCACCGAUGUGCGUGCGUUAGUGAAAGCACUUAGGAGGGGGGCUCCCAGGUGGCUGGGUUUUUUCACUGAUUGCAGAAUUGCCCUUUCUAUGUAAAGUCAGUGAAGACUGAACUUCAUUAUUUCCAAAGAGUCCAGAGGACUUGUGUGCUGACCCGGCCCUUGGCUCUUCAGAGAUGCUGAAUUUCCAUCGCUUGAGGGGUGUGGGGCUGUUCCUCUGCAAAACUCAGCCUUUGAAGGUGUUAACUGGGCUGACAAACGGGCUCAAAAACCGCUUUUGAAGAUGUUUGACUGGAAGGGAAGCCUGACCAGGGUAAACCCCUCUCUGAACACGGGGACAGCCCAGGGAAUGAGCGCUGUGCCUUCGUCCUGCAGCCGGCUCUUACGGGCUCUUCCUCUUAGAGCCCAGAGUCAGCUCUGGGCUAGUAAUUUUGGGUAUCGCAGCUGAGCCAAACCGUCUGCGGUGUCACUCUGCUAGUAGAAGUGUGGGGUCAGAAAGGAUGUUAGGUUACCAAAAAGUCCUUCACACUGGCUCGGUUUGGUGGUGUUCGGGCCCAGUUCAGCAAGGCAAAAAUGCGCGUGUGGGGAGCGUGUGCCUCGGGCUGGUCUGCCUUUGGGCUGUUGCUGAAUUACGAUGGCCUGGAGCUCGGGUGCUUUGCUGAAUUUGGGCCUGGACAUCGUCAUACGGACAGAGAAGCGGUUUCUGCCCUUUCUCCGCAGUCAAACACUUUUCCAGUGGGCCGAGGCUUCCCGGGGUAUGUUUUUCUCUGCUUAUUUUUAAAAGCCUGUUUGCACUGUGUACUGAUAAAUUAUCUGUUUUGCUGGGUUUUGCCCCUGACAAAUCUUGAUAAAUGAUAUGUAGGGAACAGUCCAUUUUAUUUUUAAACUGAUGAGAUUGUAGCAUUUUCUGAUGCUUAGUUAUCGCUGUUUACAUGGUAUAUUGCUAGAAUUUCAGAUAGUUUAUAUGAAAUGUAAGUACAAUUAUGCACUUUAGAGAGUUUAUAUUUUUGAACUUUGAAAGCUAAAAGUAACAAAACCUGUUAACUGAAAUUGUACAUUAAAAGAAAAAAGAAAAACCACACCUAGCCAUCUCUCUUUUUAAACUCUUCUUAAGUCUCUCCCUGUGGAAAAAAAAAAAAAAAAAAAAAAACAUCAUCCACCUAGUUGUGAAGGGAAGGGCUAGGAAAGGCCAUUGUGGAGAAGUGAAAUUUAAAAUUCCAGUCCUGGAAAGACAUGUACAAACGCUCAACUUUCUGUCCUCGGUUUGCAGAUGACUCCCCUCUCCCGAGCCUGCACAGGAGCGCGGCUCCAAGGCCUGAGCACUAAAAUGUUGUCUUUGUAUCUCCCACGGAUGAGUUGCCUCCUCACUAGCCACAAGUAGCCACGCUUCUCUGAGUCAAUCCCAGCAACGUCUGUGCGUUCUGUUUGACAAUUUGUCUCUGCCAACAUCGAUGAGUAUUGACUGGAGAACAUUAAAUACAAGACCGUGUUUUAAAAAGGUGUGAAGUACUGUACAAAAAUUGACUUUAUGUGGUAUAAAUAAGCUGUUUAGUAUGAGACAACCUGUUUCCAUGUCGCUAGAAGGAGCUGUCUGCUGCGGGGUGGCAGUAGGGGCUGUUGGGCCUCCCAUCCACUGGGGCCGGGUCGGACACGCGUGUCUGUGCGAUACCACCUUGCGGUUUAAUAAAUCAUUGUGGUUUAUUUAAAUGAUGGCGAUGAACGAGUUGUGGACAAAAUAAGACUGCAAGAGUUAAAGCUAGAGGAAAAACUUGUCAUUCUUACAAGUUGCAUUGGGUUUUAUUCUGUUUACUCCUGAGUAAACAGUCAAAUAAUGGAUGUUUAUGUUAAAGCCAGUGAAAUUAAAGCAUCUUAUCUUUUAAUCGCUCUG